GGAUGAAGAAGGUGUGGAAAUUGCUGUUUGUAGAUACGGAUUCCUUCUCAAAGGUCUGAAUAUGUAUCGGGGAGAAAUCUUUCACUACCCAAUGUUUCUCCAAAAAGUGUUCCAGGGUGCAACAUUUUUGGCCAUGGACGUAACCUGUCGGUACUUGCCGUACUUUGACAAAGUGGCCGAUGUCCUGAACCAUCUUCAACCUCUUCGAAAAACAUUCAACCUCUUCGAAAAACAAUGAAACAUUGUUUAUCUGUGAUGCAUGCAAAAGCCCACAACACGAAAUGCAAGAUUCUGUGGAGUGCAAGGAACCAGGCGGGUGCAGGCACUACUCUUGGAGAAGAAGUUGAGCAGGUGAACAGGUUCCUGUCCAGAUGUGCCCUGACCACUAAGUACAUGGCCAAGUCAGUUAGAACUGACAUGCUAACUGCCAUGGGGUGGAAUGAACGAAAAAAGGACAGCCUCCACAUCUCCUUGUGUUCCAGAUUCAAAAAGACAGUAGAAAAGGCCUUGGAGGUAACUGAGAGCCUGAAAAAGAUGCAGGACCAAUUUUGUUGCUCUGAUGACAUGCUGGAACAGUGGGUUUUAGAUGUCAACCAGUGGGCCAGUAGUGGAAGUACUUCAGCCAGUACAGGUGAUGUUCAUGGUUUGCAGAUCUCCAUAGAAGAGCUCUUUGUGAGCAUUCGCCACAAGAAGCAUUACCUCUACAGACAGAAUGAUCGUAACAAAAGGCGCCAGAAGAUCACUCAGAAGAUUGCAAAGCAAAAAAAAAGGCUUCUAGAUACCAUCCCUAGGUAUAAUGAAGUGCCCCAUCAUAAUGCUGUUGACGCAACUGCAGUUGUUCAGAAUCUUGCAAAGAGUACUACAGAGAGCAUGAUCUGGCCAUGGCAAGAACAGAACACAGGAAGUCCAAAUGGACUCUCGUCGGCUGGGUCCCAAGGCCUUAUCUGUCUGCUCAAGAGAAGACUGCAGGAACUCGGACUAAAACAACAGACUGUAGCCAGCUCUUACAAAGCCAUUCUUGGUCAAAGUCCUUGGCUGGUGAAAGAGGAGGAAGGGGAAAUGGAUGAAGGAAUGGACUGGCACCACGAGACCAGCUGUGAUGAUGAUGAAGAUGAUGAUAAUGAUGAGGGUGAUGAUGAUUAA